AGCGCAAACUCAAGCUUAAUUGCCAGUGUGGACUGACUGGUGGUUCGUCGUUCCUGGUCCGCUGUUGAAAACAUGAAUGACUGACGGCCACAUUGGACGCUCGGGUGCCAUGGUGAAGGUAACAAUUAGAUCGCCUUCUCCCGAGCCCGCGCGCACAUUUGUAACAGAUCAGGCAGCCUCCACCUGCCGGGCCUCUCUCCUUUGGCUUUUGUUUGAGGGCUGCAUCCCGCCCCGCAGCCUGCUGACCCCAGAGUGACCGACACACAAGGACAAAAUGGUGGACGUGGCAAAAUGGCCUCUCUUCAGUCUGAUGGCGCCCCAGGAGCUGGCCUGCAUCUGGAAAGCCUGUGUUUUUGGCGCGGCCGCCAAUGAGGCCAUCUUCAUCACCAGUGACGAUGAGGUGUACGUGUUUGGACUCAACUGCAGCAACUGCCUGGGCACCGGAGACAACCAGAGCACCAUCGCACCCAAGAAGCUGGACUUCCUGAGUGGCAGGAAGGUGAUCAGCAUGAGUUACGGCAGCGGCCCGCACGUCCUGCUGGCCACUGAGGACGGCGAGCUCUUUGCCUGGGGGCACAACGGCUACAGCCAGCUGGGGAACGGGACCACCAACCAAGGGCUGGCGCCGGUGCUCGUGUCGGCCAACCUGCUCAACAGGAAGGUGACCGAGGUGGCCUGCGGUUCGCACCACUCCAUGGCGCUCACUGAAUUAGGAGAGGUAUACGCGUGGGGGUACAACAACUGCGGCCAGGUGGGCUCCGGUUCCACAGCCACCCAGCCUCACCCGCGUCGCGUUUCCAGCGGCCUCCAGAACAAGAUUGUGGUCGGCAUCGUCUGUGGCCAGACCUCGUCCAUGGCGGUGGUGGACAACGGCGAGGUGUACGGCUGGGGCUACAACGGCAACGGUCAGCUCGGACUGGGGAAUAACGGCAACCAGCUGGCUCCGUCUCGAAUCCUCGGUUUGCAGGGUUUGUGUGUGCAGCAGAUUGUGUGUGGAUACGCGCACGCAUUAGCACUGACGGAUGAAGGCAUCCUGUACGCUUGGGGCGCCAACACGUACGGCCAACUGGGCACGGGCAACAGGAGCAACCAGCUGAGCCCCGUGCAGAUCAUGAGCGAGAAGGGAAGGAUCGUGGAGGUGGCCGCCUGUCACUCCACGCACACGUCGGCCGCCAAGACGCAGAGCGGCCAGGUGUACAUGUGGGGCCAGUGCAGGGGGCAGUCCAUCGUGCUGCCCCACCUCACGCACUUUGCCUGCACCGACGACGUCUUUGCCUGCUUUGCCACGCCCUCGGUGAUGUGGAGGCUUCUGUCCAUGGAGUUUGACGACUUUCCGACGGUGGCUCAGUCUCUCAAGAAGGAGUUUGACAACCCCGAGACGGCCGACCUCAAGUUCUGCGUGGAUGGCAAAUACAUCUACGUCCACAAAGCAGUUCUCAAAAUCAGGUGUGAACACUUCCGCUCCAUGUUCCAAUCGCACUGGAACGAAGAUCUGAAGGAGGUGAUCGAAAUCGACCAGUUCUCUUUCCCGGUAUAUCGCUCCUUCCUGGAGUUCCUCUACACGGACAAUGUGGAGCUGCCACCAGAGGACGCCAUCGGACUUUUGGACCUGGCCACGUCCUACUGCGAGAACCGCCUGAAGCGCCUGUGCCAGCAUAUCAUCAAGAGCGGCAUCACGGUGGAGAACGCUUUCACGUUGCUGUCGGCCGCCGUGCGCUACGACGCUGAGGAUCUGGAGGAAUUCUGCUUCAAGUUUUGCGUCAACCACCUGACUCGAGUGACACAGACGGACGCCUUCUGCCAGAUUGACGGCGACUUACUCAAGGACUUCAUUUGUCGAGCCAGCCGCUGCGGCGCAUUCAAGAACUGACCUGGAAAUGCUGUGUUCGGUGACAUCCAAUCCAAUUUUUUUUUAGAAUGUAGAUUUGAAAGACAUUCAACUGACCAAGCAACUUUUGGCACUUUUUCUACUUCUUAUGCUUAAGACGAUUUGCACUUGUGGACAGAUGUCAAUCAGUUAGCACUUUUUCGGAAAGCCGUUACAAAGCAUUUACUCCACAUCCAUCUCAAGAGCCGUGCACAAGGAAGUACUGGAUUUCAUGAACUGAAGUGUAGCCUCACUUUGUUUUACUGGUCAUGCUGAAUUGCACAAGUGAGGACAAGGGGAACAUGAGUCUAUCAAUUUGAAGGUGGUCAUCAUAGAUUUUGACCAAAUGCUCAAAUCACUUAAGAAUUUAUUUGCAGCGCACUUGUUAUUUUUGUCAUUCAUUGGACAUCCUAUGAGUGUGCUGAUUUGUUUUUCCAGUGAUGAAAGAGAGCUUAUUAGUACAUGACAGUGGGCCAGCCUGAAGAUGAGUAUAGAGAAAUGGACAAUGGCUUUGCAUUAAGAAGUUCCAGUGUCAAACUGAGGGACAAAGUGCACUGGCACAUUGACCUUAAAAUGGAUUGAGUUGGAUGGAAAAAGCAUUCCAGUUUUUCGCUCCACUUGGACAUGCACAACAGACAGAACUGACGUCAAGACAUUUUUUUUUUUUUGUGGUGCAUCUAUUGUGUUUAACUAGAUGUUAAUAUCACUUGAGACAGAUAUGAGAUAACUAUGAGUUGCUCAAGUGAGUGACAACACCUUCAAGGCUAUCAAGUGGGCGACCGCGACCCCCCCCAGAGGGUCCAGCCGUGUCGCCCAGCACUCCAGGUUCACCACCUAUAUGAUGUAUAACUCGCCCGAAAGCCAGCUGCAGUCCUUCCGUUCAAUUACCAGGAUCCACUCAACGCCACUUUCCAGCAGUUCUUUGACUGCUUGCUGGCGGGACUUUGCUUCCGAGAAGUGCAGCAUCCACUGGCAUCUUUCAUCUCAUGUGGGGGGUUUUUCGUCCCUACCUCAGGGCUUUGUUGGUCAAGGAAGGAUGAGACUGUCAUUGGGCGUGUGCGAAAGAUUGUGUAUUGUGCAAGCGUAUGGAGGGUUGUUCCCACCUACCAGGUAUCCUAGUCAUUCCUUUACUCACCUGCAAAUAUUUGGAGGCAUCUACCCGUAUGCUUUUUGUCCUUGUAACAUUGUUUAGGAUUCCCAUUAAAAAAAUGACAUUUGUUUUUACACCAUUAAACGGAAUUUGACUUUAA